AUGACAUACAGAGAGAAAAAAAUCAGAGAGAGAGCAAGAGACCACACAGGAAUCAGAGAGCAAGAGACUGCACAGGAAUCAGAGAGAGCAAGAGAACGCACAGGAAUCAGAGAGAGAGCAAGAGACCGCACAGGAAUCAGAGAGCAAGAGACUGCACAGGAUUCAGAGAGAGAGCAAGAGACAGUACAGGAAUCAGAAAGAGAGCAAGAGACUGCACAGGAAUCAGAGAGAGAGCAAGAGACUGCACAGGAAACAGAGAGAGAGCAAGAGACAGUACAGGAAUCAGAAAGAGAGCAAGAGACUGCACAGGAAUCAGAGAGAGAGCAAGAGACUGCACAGGAAUCAGAGAGCAAGAGACUGCACAGGAUUCAGAGAGAGAGCAAGAGACCGCACAGGAAUCAGAGAGAGAGCAAGAGACCGCACAGAAAUCAGAGAGCAAGAGACAGCACAGGAAUCAGAGAGAGAGCAAGAGACCACACAGGAAUCAGAGAGAGAGCAAGAGAUCGCACAGGAAUCAGAGAGCAAGAGACAGUACAGGAAUCAGAGAGAGAGCAAGAGACCGCACAGAAAUCAGAGAGCAAGAGACUGCACAGGAAUCAGAGAGAGAGCAAGAGACCGCACAGAUAUCAGAGAGCAAGAGACUGCACAGGAAUCAGAAAGAGAGCAAGAGACCGCACAGAAAUCAGAGAGCAAGAGACUGCACAGGAAUCAGAGAGAGAGCAAGUGACCGCACAGAAAUCAGAGAGCAAGAGACUGCACAGGAAUCAGAGAGAGAGCAAGAGACCGCAGGAGAAAUCAGAGAGCAAGAGACCGUACAGGAAUCAGAGAGAGAGCAAGAGACCGCAUUUCAGAAAUCAGUCAGAGAGAGAGCAAGAGACCGCAUUGAAACCCAGAGGAGAUGAAGCACAGGAAUCAGAGAGAGAUAAGAGACCACACAGGAAUCAGAGAGAGAGCAAGAGACCGCACAGGAAUCAGAGAGCAAGAGACAGUACAGGAAUCAGAGAGAGAGCAAGAGACCGCACAUAA